AUGUCGCAGAAGGGUCACUACAAACGCUUCUCAAAGGAUGGUUUUCAACCUUUGACCCAUCAAACUUCCGGAGAAAUGGCACAUCCUAAUGAUAUUACGAUUGAUAUUCCUAUGACAAAGGUUACCACCAAUGGCAGUGCUACCGGUGCUCGACGUGCAGACAUCAUCUCCCCUGCCCGUUCUCAACCUUCCACUGACUUCCCCGAUCAACUCGACGAGAAACAUCCACAUCGACAUUUCCACAGAGGCCCUGAAGGCCCUGGAGGUCGUCGAAGAAGAGCAGAGGACACGGAGAAGAGGACAAAGAACAAAGAGGAGGGCACCCUCAACGCUGUAGGCAGAUUCUACAAAAAGGUCUACAACUUCUCCGUCAUCACUCGCUAUUUCACCUACGUUGCUCCCGUCGCCCUGUGUAUCGCUAUUCCCAUCAUUGUUGGAGCCACCGCUGCUCCUCGUGCCCGCAUCGGCGAUGUUCGACUCGUCUGGUUCUUCGCCUGGGUUGAGGUGGUUUGGGUUUCGCUAUGGAUUUCCAAGAUCAUCGCCCAUUUUCUACCACGUCUCUUUCAGUUCCUCAUUGGUGUGGUCAGCUCUGGCACCCGAAAGUACUCUUUGGUCCUCAGUGCCCUCGAGAUCCCUCUGUCUAUCGUCGGCUGGGCUGUCACUUCGUUGGCAACCUUUGUCCCCUUCAUGACCCUCACCCCCGAUUCGCUGGCCAGGAACCCGUCAAAACAGCUCCAGAACUGGCAAUCAAUUGUCAAGAACAUUCUCUUUGCCUGUGUAUUCUCCUCUCUGGUCCUGCUGAUCGAGAAGCUUUUCAUACAGCUGCUCUCCAUUAGUUACCACCGCAAACAAUUCGACGAUCGAAUCAAAGAAUCAAAGCGGAACAUCUACCUAAUCAGCCUGCUCUACGAUGCAUCCCGACGAAUGUUUCCCGCCUACUGUCGAGAAUUCGCCGAAGAAGAUUAUCAGAUCAGCGAUGUGCUCGACAUUGCCGGUGUGACUUCCAGCAGGAAUAGUAUGAUGCCUGGUCACAAGCGAUCAGGAUCAGCCACCCCCAUGCGUUUGAUCCAAAAUGUUGCUCGAGUAGGAGAUAAAGUCACUGCAGCCUUUGGUAACGUCGCACACGAGAUCACGGGCAAAAAGGUCUUCAAUCCAACUGCCUCUCAUUCCAUCGUCGUCCAAGCUUUGGAGAAGAAGCGUUCAGCAGAGGCCCUCGCACGGCGCUUGUGGAUGUCAUUUGUACUCGAAGGCAAGGAUGCACUCAGUGUUGACGAUCUCGUUGAUGUUCUUGGGUCUGAUCGUGAGGCAGAGGCCCACGAGGCCUUCGAAAUCUUGGAUGUGGACUCCAAUGGGGAUAUCUCGCUCGAAGAGAUGGCUCUUCGGGUGACCGAAUUCGGUCGAGAACGUCAAUCCAUUGCCAACAGUAUGCACGACGUGGAUCAGGCCAUCAACGUACUCGACAACCUGCUCUGCACCGUCGUCUUCAUCGUGGUCAUCUUCAUCUUUGUCGCUUGGCUUAACAGUAAUUUCACCACGACUUUGGCAACUGCCGGUACUGCUUUACUCUCCAUGUCAUUUGUGUUCGCCGGCACAGCUCAGGAAGUACUCGGCUCUUGCAUUUUCUUGUUCGUCAAACAUCCAUUUGAUGUUGGAGACCGCGUUGACGUUUCCGAUGUUCAAUAUAUUGUCGAACGCAUGUCACUUCUGUACACCGUCUUCCGCCGCGUCAAGGAUCAGAAGAAAUCUCAAGUCCCAAACAUUGUCCUUAACUCCAACUGGAUCGACAAUGUUUCUCGCAGCAAAGCCAUGCGGGAGCAGGUCCAACUUUACGUCAGUUUCGAUACUUCGUUUGAAGACUUGGACCUCCUGAAGACCGAGAUGAUCAAAUUUGUCCGAGACAAGGAAAAUGCACGUGACUUUCAGCCUGACAUCGACAUUGAGGUCACUGGUGUGGCAGAAAUGAACAAGAUGGAACUAAGACUUGAGAUUCGGCAUAAAUCCAACUGGUCAAAUGAUGCUGUUCGUGCUGCUAGACGAAGCAAGUUUAUGUGCGCAUUGGUUACUGCUAUGCGAAAGGUGCCCUUGUACGGGCCUGGAGGAGGUGGUCCCGCAGCCGGGGACAAGGCAAACCCUACAUACUCGGUCGCCAUCUCGAACGAAGACGCCCUGAGAAACAAAGAUGAAUUCGAUAUUAAUAAAGACAAAAAUAGGCUCGUGCCCUUGCUCAAUCAGGGGCAAAUCAGCACACCUACACAGACUCAUCCCGCCCCUACUGACUACUUGGGUUCCAGCACCGGAGCAGAGGUCCGGGAAGCUGCGGCCAUUGACCACUUGGUGAAGCGGAAUAUAACAGUGGACCCAGAGGAAUCCUUCAACGCCGAACGUGACGACGACACCACCAGACGACGUGCGGAAGAGGUCGAUGAAGUUCGCAACAUUCUCCGCCGAGAGUCGACAACCGGCCGCCGCCGAGCCGCACGACAAAGUGGUCUUUAUGCGACCGACCACCUUGGCUCUCGAACAAUCCCAACCAUUGCGGAGCCCUCGCCUCCGGAGCCUGUAAGUGUGCCAGCAGGAUCGAGGACCCGGGUUAGCUAUUUCGAGGAUACCAACAUUCCUCCUGCUGCAUCUAGAUCGGCUGCAUCACACGGUUGGAACAAUGCUGGACCACUUCAGUAUAACCUUCCAUCCGCGUCUUUCAACCGCCCUUCGUCGCCAGCGUCAUCGCAAGCAACCACCGUUUCGAGCGCCAACCGAUAUGUGCCUGGCAAUGCCUUUUCACAAGCAGUCCAUUCUGAUCAACAAGCACCUCGACUCCCUGUCCCUGGUAUGCCUGAAAUGAAGAAAAACUUACAACAACCCCCCACACCACCGAAAUGA